AUCUGGACCACCAUCUCUGCCAGCUUCUGCCAGUCAGUGCCCUUCCUAUAUGCCCCUGCGAUAUUUCUGUCUGGCUGAUGAACACUGAUAUACGUCCUUCUGUAUGAAGAUGUGAAGUCUCUGAGUGUUAGUUGUCGGGAUAAAUGUUGUUUUUUAUGAAGAGUUUGUCCAGGAGAAAAGCCAGUGGACAGAGCGAAAAGGAGAACAAAGAACAGAGUCGGCUCUAUUCAGAAGACAUUGGCACGGAACACCAAGCAGUACCGAGGGACGUGCCCAGCGUGGACAAAACAUGCAAAUCACCUCCAGGACAGAGCUCUUCUACCAAGAUGAAGACACGGCGAACGGGCGACUCACGGGCUUUCAGCUCCUCUGCUCUUCUUCACCUGCUCUGGCUGCUGGCUAUAUACACAGAUCCAUCGGAGGCUGUGAAUAUCACUAGCCACAUUCAGCACAUCCAUGGCACAUAUGGACAGUCAGCUCUCCUCUCAGUUCAGUACAGAAGCUCAAGCAGCGACAAACCCGUGGUAAAAUGGCAGCUCAAGCGAGAAAAACCCAUCACCGUGGUGCAGUCAGUGGGUGCAGACAUCAUUGGAAACCUACGUGCGGACUACAAGGACCGGAUACAGGUUUUCGAGAAUGGCUCUCUGCUAAUCAGUAACCUCCUUCUGUCUGAUGAGGGGACCUACGGGGUUGAGGUCUCCAUCACUGACGAUACGUUUACAGGAGAAAAGACCAUCAACCUUACUGUGGACGUACCGAUAUCCAAGCCCCGUAUCUUGGUCCCUUCAUCCACGGUCCUGGAGCUCACAGACAACUUCACGCUGAGCUGCUUUCACGAUAACGGCACAAAGCCCAUCUACACCUGGCUGAAGGGGGGGAAGACCCUGACCAAUGACUCCAGGAUACUACUAUCCCCCGACCACCGAGUGCUGACCAUCUCCAGGGUCACCAUGACCGACGAUGAGGUCUACAUUUGCUUGGUGGAAAAUCCUAUCAGCAGCGGGCGCAGCAUUCCUUUUAAGCUCACUGUAUACCGAAGAAGCUCCUUGUACAUCGUCCUGUCUAUGGGAGGGAUAUUUUUACUGGUUACCUUGGUAACAGUCUGCGCCUGUUGGAAGCCAUCCAGGAAAGAGAAACACAAGCUGGAGACACAAGGAUCUUGUGAAUAUGUGGACCAUACAGAGGAUCCUCUUAAACAUGAAGUUGAAGAAAUCCCAAGGACCAUGGAGCGGGAGUGCAAGAAUCCGGUUUCAUUGUAUGUCCUAAAAGACAAGGAAUCCACUGAAGCGGAAGAAGAUUCCCCCACAGAAUCGAGGACGGCUUCUGACGCGUCCGGGUCCCCCAGUUACGCCAGCACAGUGCCGUCCAGCAAAUCCUCAGCGCCUCCUGUCCACUGCUCACACCGCUGCCACCGCUCUAGAUCCAGGUCACCUGCAGACAGCCAAAAACACGCAUCUUCCCCCCGAAACACGGCAUGCUCGCUGAGAGCGGCGGACGUACACAUGAUACGGGAGCUGGAGGAAAAUACCGCCUUACAGAGCAACAUCUAAAUCCUGGAGCGGCACAUAUGGCGGGAACUGUCACCAGAUGAUUUCCGUGAUUUGGAAAUCCUCAUAAUGAAGUUUAGGAUUAUUGUCUAUCACACUCGUAUAUAAUGUACCUUAUGAUUACAACUUCCUCACUGUAGUGCUACAAAAUAAAGUCACUUCUGACAGUGAAAUAUUUACUGCAAAAAGUACAAACAA